AUGCAGAACAAAGAAGGCGACAAUAACAAUGAAUCCAGCGCUCGUGAUAGCGACAAUAACCACGCGGAGCUUCAAGACAUCAAUCUCAAGCGAAGUCACAGCGGUGCAUUCGCUAUUGAUGACAUGAGCUCGAAUUCUUAUCCCAGCGACCUCGCUUCACCAAGUCUCGCCAAGCCUGAGCAACCAUCACCGCCAGUUUCCGACGGAUCUACUCCUGCCAAAAGCCAAGAGUUCAAGGCCAAGUCGCAAAUCAUCGCUCACAAGUUCAUAAAAGGCAUCAGCAAAGCACCCGAGACCUUGUCGCUUGACGACGUAUACCUUAAGCAACCCAGCCUUAUCUCGUGGGAUACUAAGCAUCCGAACCCCACGAGUAUUGCAGAUCUAGUUUUACAGGAAGCCGAGAUUUGUGAGACUCUAAAGAAGCAUCCGCAUCCGAAUAUAGUGCGAUAUUUCGGAUGCUUGGGUGAAGACGAUAAGAUCGUUGGUCUUGUGUUGGGCAAGUACACCUCCAAACUCUCCGACAAAGUGGCAGAUUCCACUCCUGAUCAGAGGGUGAAGCUUUAUGAAGGGGUUGAGAGAGGGGUGCGACACUUGCACCAGAUCGGGCUCAUUCAUAACGAUCUGAAUCCUGCCAACAUCAUGCUCGAUGGCAACAUCCCGGUUAUUAUCGACUUUGACUCCUGCAGGCUCCGAGGGGAGAAGAUGGGGGACAAGAGGGUGACGUUUGGUCGGGAGUUGGAAGAAGCAGAGCUUGCAGCACCAGAGAACGACUUGCACGGCCUGGAGAAAUUGAAGGAAUACAUUGUUAGUGGUGGCAAGGUCACUUUUGACUGA